AUGAGCCUCAUUAAGAAUAUUCUGCCUGGUGAAGGAUCUUUGUGGGUGGCUUGGCUAAGGAGUUACAUGUUUAAUACUAAUGAUUUCUGGUAUGUUGUUGUCAAAACUAAUAUGAGUUGGAGCUUAAAGCAAAUUUUGAAGCUAAGGACUGAAGCUUCCUCUAUUUUGCCUUCUAACUCCAAGAAAGUUUGUGAUAUAUGGAAUGGCAUUAGGGUGAAGAAUCCUAAAGUUCAUUGGCACUCUCUGCUAUGGUUUCCUCUUCUUAUUCCUAAACACAGCCUUAUUGCUUGGAUGAUAUUUCUUGACAGACUCCCUACAAAAGAAAGACUUCACCGAAUGGGGGUUGAUAAUGAAUGCCACUGCAUCUUUUGUGGUGCUGGUAUAGAAACCAGAAAUCACUUAUUUUUCGAGUGCCCGGUUGCUACUGCAUUAUGGUUUGCAAUCUUCUCUCUCAAUGGUCUUCGGUUUAGGCAUCUUUCUUGGGAUUCCCUUUAUGAUUGGGAUGUUGCUACUUGGAAGGGUAUAUCCCUUCUCACUUCUAUAAUGAAGAUUUCGUCAAAUGCAUUAAUCUACAUAAUCUGGAAAGAAAGAAACAAGAGGUUUUUUCAAUGUCAUGCCUCAACUGUUGAAGCUAUGUUCAGUACUAUCAAGGAAAUUGUUGGAUUUCAACUAAGGGCAGUUGUGAAUGCAAGCACAGUGGACUGA